AUGAAGUAGCCCUAGAACUGGAAAAACAUCAUAAACAACUCUCAUAUUCCCACACUAAAAAAAACUAUCUUUAUCUCUAUCAUCUUCAGAAGAGCACCCUUUUCCUUGAGAAUCAAUGGCAGGAGUUGGACCUAUGUCGCAGGAUUGGGAGCCCGUUGUCAUCCGCAAGAAGACCCCCAACGCCGCCGCCAAGAAGGACGAGAAGGCCGUCAACGCCGCCCGUCGUUCCGGCGCCGAAAUCGAAACUGUUCGCAAAGCGGCUGCUGGGACUAACAAAGCUGCAUCCAGUGGCACAUCUCUGAACACAAGAAAGCUGGAUGAUGAAACUGAGAAUCUUGCUCAUGAUCGAGUUCCAACCGAACUUAAGAAGGCCAUCAUGCAGGCUCGAACUGAUAAGAAGCUCACCCAAUCUCAACUUGCUCAGGUGAUCAAUGAGAAGCCACAGAUUAUUCAGGAAUAUGAGUCAGGAAAGGCCAUUCCAAAUCAGCAGAUCAUUGGAAAACUGGAGCGUGCUCUUGGAGUGAAACUGCGCGGAAAGAAGUAGACUGAAUAACAAACCCAGAUAUUGAAAGCUUUUCAUCAAAAUUGUUCUUCUAAUGUGUCAGGGAGUUUGAAACUGAUGUAAAUCACUUUCCAACUGUUGUUUUUGUAUAAAUGUGUGGCUUGGACUAAAUCUAUGGAUAUGAAUAACACUGCAGAUGCUUGAUCUUUUGCUCCUUGCCACAAUAUGUUUGGUUGGAUGCUGUAUGAAAAUCCUUGCAUCGUGUACCUUGUGGUGUGGCUUUAACAUUCCAUUGUUACAACAUACAUGGUUAAUACUUUCUCAGCCA